AUGGCCGACGAUGAGCGCAACGCCGCCUAUCGAUCGUCCCCGCCAACCCACUGGGGCCCCAGUCCGCACGUCUAUCCGCACUCUCACCACGGCACGCCUGCACAGGAGUACUCGGGAUUCAGUUUCUCGUCGCCUCAGAUCCCCAUGGAGCCCAGCGCCUUCAGCAGCAGCAUGCAGCAACGACCCAUGCAUCAACAGUUGCAACCACUCGUUAUGCCGCAAUGGCCAUCAAUGUUGAACAGUCAGGCCCACUCAGCCCCUUACCAACCGAUGUUCCCUCAACCAGUUCAACCCAUCCAGCCAAUGUCGAUAGGUCCGCUGCAGACGCCCGUCUCGGCGACGUCGUCAAGGUCAACAUCGACGCCUCGAAAGACGCUCACCGAUAUGGACCGCAAGCGAAUGUGUCAGUACGCAGAGGAGCACCCGAACAGCAAGCAGACAGAGAUCGGAGCCAUCUUUGGUGUGGAACGAAGUACGGUGUCCAAGGUGCUACGUCAAAAGGAGAAGUACCUGUUUCAGGACGAUGGCUCGCGAUCACCCAUCAAGCGCGCCAAAGGACGGUCUCCUGACAUCGAACGAGCCCUUGCUGUCUGGGCCAAGAAUCAGGAGAAGAAAGGCAACCCACUUUCAGACGAUCUUAUCCGUGAGAAGGCGCGCGCAUUCUCGGCGACCACGACAAGCCCCGACAACCACGUUGCGUUAAGCUCCAGCUGGAUCGAGAAGUUCAAACUCAAGAACAACUUGAUGGGUGCGCGAUCGCGGAAAGCCUCUCUAGCUGCAGAUGAAGAUGGAGCAUCUGCAGCAGCUUCUUCAUCUCACACUCCUGGCGACACUUCACCCGUUUCACCUUCAGGUAUAGGUUCACCGUCACCAUUGGAACUACACAGCACACAGAGUCACGAGAGCCUGAAGAACGAAAGUCCGGAUAGCUACCUCGAUUUCGGCAGCAGACAUGGGCCAUUCCACUCACAGAGUACGAAUUCAUUGAACAGCGCCUUCACAGACACGGCACCAUCGUCUUUCUCACCCGGUCCCAUAAGUCCAACUUCACCAUUCUUCACUCCAGAUUCAGGAACGGCACCUUCACCUUUCGUCCCUCAAACAGCACGACCCAUCCUCCCAGCGACGACAACAAACACCAACAGCCAUCGACCGCGAAGUCAAACCUUCCCUCUAUUAGACCAGUACAUGGCCAGUUCAGGGGAAGCCGUAACACCAAAAUACAUCAACACCACAGCCCUCGACUCACCCAUGGAAGAACCCCCCGACCCCAUGGUCAGCCUCGACGAAGCCGUCAACUCGAACCAACCCGAAGACAGACCACCCACCGUAACACCCUCAGACACGAUGCGGCCACCCCCUCUCCCCGCGCACAUACUACAACAGCAACAACAACACCAGUUCCAACCGCACGACGACGCCAAAACCACCCCUCCCCCAACAACGCCCGAAGAAGCGCGGAGAGCGCUCGUGGUCGUCCUCACCUUCUUCGAACAGCAACCCCACGGCUUCCUCGACUUGCAGGAAAGCAUCACGAUCGGCAAGCUCAUGGAGAAACUCAAACUGCACUCGAGAGGAGGCAGCAGUAGUUGA